AUGGUAUCACUUUCAAUCAUAGAUCCUUCCCCAGCAAUGCUUAUUGCCAGCCCGUACGGUCUCAUAGAAUGGCCAAGUAAUUUUUUUCCAACCGUCAUUCCUUCAACGACGCUAACAAAAACCGUUAGAACGGAUUUCAAAUCGGAUAACGAUAUUCGAAACAAACUUGGGAGAAAUUAUAACCCGGGGAGACCACUCGCACUGAGCGUUCGUCAAAGGAUCCUCGAUCUUCAUGAGAAAGGACAUAAAAUCACUCACAUAGCACGAAUGAUUGGCGUAACUCAUAGCUGUGUGUCAAAAAUUAUGAGCAAGUAUAAACAAACAGGCUCUGUGAUACCACGUAGCUCCAGAAGCUAUGAAGCUGCAAAUGAUCUCAUACCAUUUAUAGAUAUUCCAAAUAUUUCAGAAAACAUUUCACCCAGAGAUGAUAUAUCCAAAACUAUUACAAACGAUGCUGUCAUAACUUCUGUUGUUCGACAUGUUGAAGCUCAGGAUGAGGAGUGCGGGAAGCUUUUCGUAGAUUCUGUCAUGGACGAAACAAAAGGAUCAACGUCUUUAGUUUAUUCGAUAGAAAGAAUAUUCGAAAAUAUUCGUUCGCUGUCUCUCUCAGACUCUCUGUGCUGCAAGUCAUAA